ACGCUGAGCCUUUCUGGCACCUACCGCGUAACAGAUACGGGGAUUCAGAGAGCGGCUCUGCACCUGGAGGAGCUGGAGUGCCUGGUGCUGCGCCACUGCGUCAUCGGUGACUCCGCCGUGGACUUCGUCGGGCGCCACAUGAAACGUCUCCAGUUCCUGGAGAUCAGCAACGCUUACGCCCUGACGAACGCGGGUCUGGCUUGUUUGGCCACCCUGCCGCGCCUGGAGACGCUGUGCCUCAACCUCUGCGAUAAGAUUUCCCCCGGUGCCGUUAUUGCUUUGUGCCAAGCGCUGCCUCAGCUGAGGAACCUCAAAUUAGGCGGGGCUUGCUUUGAAGACGAAGUAAUCGAUAAAAUUCAGGCGAGUUUGCCCCGCUGUAGUUUUUCACGCACUCCUCGACACACAGCCUGA